AUGUCGUCCAGCGGGGCCUUCAAAAACCCCAUCAUUCCCGGCUUUAACCCGGAUCCUUCGAUCUGUCUGGUAAACGAUGAUUACUUCCUCGUGACUUCGACAUUUGAGUACUAUCCCGGGAUCCCGGUCUACCACAGCAAAGACCUGUUGCAAUGGGAACUUAUUGGCCAUGUCAUCACGAGGCAUUCGCAAAUCAAUAUGCGCACGACUGAGCCCUCCGGUGGCCUGUGGGCACCUACAAUUCGUUACCACGAAGGGCGCUUCUAUGUGUCCGUAGGAUGUACACAUCGGUUCCGCCCUAAGGAAUGGGUUAGCUUCCCUCUGGAUAUUGUCAUCCCUCGUGGAUUCUACGUCUCCACCACAAACAUCUGGGACUCGUCUUCCUGGUCCGAUCCCACCUUUUUCGACGUCCCUGGAAUUGACCAAGAUCUCUUCUUCGACGACGAUGGCAAGGUAUACUUUUCCGCCGUUAACAUGAUCACCGACCCCAGAGUGAAAAAGCACGGCCUCGGAUUGGCAAUUUUCACUGCACAAAUAGACCUCGCUACUGGUCGGUGCCUGGGACCCGUCAAAUGGAAUCGUCUGUCAAACUUCGGUCUUGGAAUUGCAGAGGGACCUCACAUCUUUAAAAAGGACGGUUACUACUAUCUCAGCACAGCCGAGGGUGGCACCGAUGAAGGUCACCAGCAGUGGAUUUUCCGCAGUACUACUGGACCAUUUGGACCGUGGGAGGAAGGUCCCGAGGGAACCGUCAACCCAGUGAUCUUCAACGGCGACGAUCCUUCAAUCCGGAACACGGGACAUUUGGAUUUCAUCGAAACCCCGAACGGGAAAUGGUUCGCCGUGUUCUUGGGAGUUCGACCCCAGGGUGAAAAGUCCGAACUGCUCUCACAACUUGGUCGCGAGACCUUUAUGAGCCCGGUUGAAUGGAUUGAUGGUUGGCCAAUUGUCAACAGUCGCAAGCCUAUCAGUCUCCAAAUGCAGACCGAGGGCAUGCAACUUCAAGCGCAGCCACAGGUAUGGAGGGACAAUUUCCAAGAGUCAACACUCCAGCUUGGCUGGUAUCAUCUGCGAACGCCCUUGAAGAAUGAUUACUCUUUGACGGAGAAGCCAGGAUCAUUGAGUCUCUAUGGAAACGCAUAUCGUAUUAACGAUUCUGAAUGUCCAUCUAUGCUGCUGCAAAAGCAGACAGGAUUCUCUGGUGAAUGGAAGGUCAAGUUUCAGUUUGCGCCUACGGAGGCCGGCCAUGAAGCCGGGACAGCUAUUUGGUGGUCUCAAUUUGCAUAUGCUUCCAUCGGACUUCGGAAGCCUUUUGACGAGGACAAGGCAGGGCUGGAGGUGGUAUCACGAUGUUACGAUGAGGUAGAGGAUAAGUUUAAGGAACUUACACACCAACUACCUCUCGAAUCCGGCGACAUCGAACUUUUCAUCCGUGCCCACCCUACACGAUACGAACUAUUCUUCUCGGUACAGACUGACAAACAGUCAACGCCUGCUGAGCCUGUCAAAUUGGGUGAAAUCUCAAGCAAGGCAUUGACACAUCGUCGACCAGGAAAGGAAUCACCCAAUACCGGGUCCCAUUUCGCGAUUUAUGCACAGGGUGCUUACGACAGACCCUGUUUUGAGCCCGCGCACUUUGAGUUUGCGGAAUGGAGGGUUGUCUCUGAGACAGAUUGA